CGCCUCGAUCACCGUCGCCCCUUUCUGCCUCUCAUCAGCAGUACGAUUAUACCCAUCUGCAUCGUCAUUUGAUCAUGACGACUGCCGUAUCGUCUCCUGGAUACCCUCCGAAUGUCAGCCUCGUCCAAACCCCGGGGAAAGCAGCCAAGAGUCGAUCCGGCAGCGCACUCACAAGCGCAUCCACAAAUGAAGACUUAUGGUCACAGAUCCUCACCUCUGUAGAGACCGCCCGUUCAACACCCAUCUGUCCAGUAGUCAUCCUCGGGGAGCCGCAGAGUGGCAAGUCUACGUUGAUCCGAGGUCUAGCGGAGCGUUGUCCUAGUGGCUACAUCGAGCCCAACGCUGAGGCUCUCGAGGGAGAGGCAGGCCCGUCCACACAUAACUCUCCCACACUCGAGGACAAGACCCGGAUCAAUUCGCGAGGCAAGCGGGAUCUGGGUCUAGCAUACGGGUACUGUGAUGUGCCAGAUGACGAGGGAGAAGACAUCGUUGCACGGCUUUCGCUCUUCACCUUAUCGUCUUCGGACGAGUCAUUGCUACCUCUCCUACCAUUCGCUUUCAGAUCCAAGGAAAGUGCGUCUAGCUCCCUUGAUCGGCAGCGGUCUUCAUUGGACGCCAUUGGGAACUCCCUGUUCGUGAUCACUCUUGACUGGGAGCGGCCUCAAGCUUUCCUGGAAGAGCUACGGACCUGGAUCAGCGUGAUAAGGGAGGUUGUGAAUGAUGCCGUCAGACAAGGCGAUGACCGGAUGAGAAGGUCUCAAGAAGGAUUUUUGCAAGAGAUGAAGGAAGCUGUGGAAGCUCAGAUCCGCUCUUAUACAGGCCCUAGCUCAUCCACUCUACACACACUUGCGACUCAGUCGACCACUUCUGAAGAUGACAAGAAUGCAGACACGAGUACUGCAGCUGUCAUUGUACCGGUGACUGCACCUGUGGGUCUGGGAGAUGUAAGAGGCGUAUCUCUCGACGAGGGCGUUCUGGACGACAAUCUGGGAGUCGGCAUGGUCGUGGUCCUGACAAAGUCGGACACGCUGGGCAAGCUUGAGAGAGACAGAGAUUUCCGGGAAGAGCAGUUCGAUUACGCGCAACAGGUUCUGCGUACCAUCUGUCUCAAGUAUGGCGCUGCACUCUUUUCCACAGCGCAAAGCAGACCCGCGUCUUUUACAGUUCUGCGACAGUACCUCCUACACAGGCUGCUGCCGCUCAAUGCGUCUCAGUCAGCGUCGACAUCACGCUACUCUUUUGCUCAUGCUCCCUCGACGAUCGAACGAGAUGUUCUCCUCGUACCGUCUGGCUGGGACAGUUGGGGAAAGAUUGUAGCUCUGCGGGACGGCUUCUCACCUCGCUCUACGGCGCAAGGCUGGGAGAAGGACUGUGAGGUAGAAGAGAGGCGCAGAAUGGAGAAGCUACCAAAGACUAAGCUUGGUGAGAUGGAAAAGGCGAUCAAUGCUGAAGAGGGCGGUGGGGAGAGGGGAAGUGCCUGCAGAUUGUGGGAGGAUGUCAUAAGUGACUGGAACGGCCAGAGGGUGAGGUCGAAAGGUUUUGCAUGAGUGUCUCGUCUCUGAGCACAAUUCUGACAUUUGCUUCUUCGCUCUGGCAGACUUCGAAUCAGACUGCUAGCCAGGUCAAACCGCCAGAUGCACAAGAUUUCCUGUCGCAGCACUACGCCUCCCUUCAAAAGGAUGCAUCCGCAAGUGCUGACCCUCG